AUUUCUGAAAUGUAAAAUUAAUGAUUUGUUAUAUUAUUUGUUCAUUUAUUUUCAAUUUCAAUCGUUUUAAAACCGACACGGGAGGUUUUCAAACAAUUUUAACGUAUUAAAAAUAUGUUAUAUAUGACAUCGGUUUGAACGUUGCGAAACAUUGUAGUGUGGAAGUCUGCUUUAAGUUUUAUGCUCAGAGCCAUGUGGGCCGUUCGAAUUCCUAAACAAAAUGCUCCGUAUUAUGCUCUCGGGAGAUCGGUCACUACCGCUUGCGUUUAUGAGCAAGAAAACCGUGCCGAGUAUCCACCUAUUUUGGACUUGGCGCCUGAGUCAACUGAGAUGCGUAAUGAAAUUUAUGCACACGAAAAAAUACGUAACCUUAGUACAAUUGAAGAAAAAACUAUUGGUAUCAAUAUGCCCAGAUAUUAUGGUUGGCAAUCAUUUGUAGUUAAAGACAAAGUACUGCCUUAUGACUUCUUGCCUUUUGCACAAACCAUAACCAAAACCAAAAUUUAUGAAGUAGACACUCUUCCUAAUCAACUUUCGAAUGAUGAUUGCCAACAAUUUAUUGAACGCAUUAAACCACAGCUUGAAGAUAGCCUUGUAUUUGAAUUUAAUAGAAACAUGAGUAGAGGAAAAGAAAUAAUAUCCGAUAAAAAUUAUGAAGAAUCUGAGAAAAAAAAUGAAUUAGCUAAAAAUGUAGCUGAACAAGUGAAUCGUAUAUUUUUAGCCAAUCUUGCAGCAGAUUAUCCACAUUUAUUUGAAGCUCAGAUUGACUAUGAACCUCGGAUUGAAGGAUUUUGGAAUGUACAUGGUUUUGCAGCUACUAAAGAAGACAAAGAAAUGAGAAAGAAAAAAAAUGUUUCUCAAGAAAAAUUAGAAGAUCCUGUUGAUAGAUGGAUACAUUAUUUUGGUCGACCUAUAAUUCAAGUGCGGCAUAGUUUACCGUUAUCCCCAGUUCCACAAGACAAAUGGUUACCAAGUACUGCUCCACCAUCUCCUGAUUCUAAUGUUGUAAAGACUGUGUUCAAAGAGUUUCAUAUACCCAAUUAUGACUAUGAUCCUCAAAUUUAUCUUAAAUUACCUUGUGAUAGAAAACAUGGUGUCUCUAUACCUGGUUUUUGGCCUAACGAUCCACAAAAGUUUGGUUUAUUGUCUAUACUUACAAAUGAAUAUUUAGAACAUCGACCACCUAAUUUUGGUGAAUCUGAGCAUCAAGAAGCAGUACAUGCUCAAGCAAUACUAGCAUCGUUUGCAUGGCUACUAGGCCAAGCAACUUAUCAAGGUUUUACAACUUGCAAUGAAAUCACAUACCCCUUUGUCAAUCAAUCAAUUAUUACAAAUGGUAAAACAUUUUCAUUUUACUUGUAUCAGUUAAAUACUAUAAGAUUCUUUAAAAGCAAUGAUGAAAAUAUGAGUCCAAUAGCUCCCAAUAAUAUUUGUUGGGGAACGAAAUCUAAUGAAUUGUUCCAUGAAGUCACAGACAACUGCAUUGUUGGUUGGAAUGAUGAUGUGUUAAAAAAUCUAUUAAGCUGUUACAUGAAUGUGCCAAAAGCACGAGAUCACAAAAUGUGUCCAUAUUUAGGUAAAGAACAAGUAGUAGCCAACAUAGAAGAUGUUAAAAGAAGGGUGUGGUUACACAACAGACAUCGGGUCUUAACAUCUCAUCGACCUAGACAUCGUCUUGUGCCUGAAAUCUAUGAUUGGGAACGUAUUUAUAAGAUUGAAUUUGAUACCAGAGGUAUGGAAGCUAGGAGACGUUUCUUCGAACUUGAUCAAGAUCCAUUGAACGAGAGAAGACUCGAUGACCAUUAUGGACCAUACAUACCUCGCAAGUAUAGAGAUUUUGGCCGAAGAAUAAGAUCAAAACGAUUUGAAGACAUGUAUUACCCUAAUGUUUAGUAUGAAGUUUUUUUAUUAUUAAAAUUUACUUGUAAGAUUUUUGUUAGAUAAUAUAAAAUAUAAUAUUUAGAAAAAUAA